GUGCGACGGAAAUAACUGAAAAUGUCUCAGAAUCCCCACAAGCCGCAUUCAAGUGAAGAAAAGUUGAGUGCCUUGGAGGAUGAUCAAGAGAGCUUGGACAACUCGGAGCAGUCUGUCAGGAAGAGAAUACAACAAAGUGUUCCAGGUUCACGUGGAGAUGAUACACCAAAGUCUAGCCCUCCUCGGCCUGUGUCAGUGGAAGAGUUAAUGGAAACAGCUAAGGGAAUAACCAACAUGGCACUAGUACACGAGAUUGUUGUUAAUAGAGACUUCCAGAUCAAACCGGCUGAGUUACCAGAACAUAGCUUGGAAAAAAAAGUAAGAGAGAUUGUGCACAAAGUUUUCUGGGAUUGUCUGGAAGCUCAGCUGAAGGAAGAGCCACCGACAUACGACCACGCAAUUAAACUGUUGGGAGAAAUUAAAGAGAAUCUUCUGUCUCUUUUACUUCCUGGUCAUACAAGAUUAAGAAACCAGAUUAUGGAAGUUCUUGAUCUGGAUUUGAUAAAACAGGAGGCCGAAAAUGGGGCUCUGGACAUUGCUAAGUUGAUAGAAUUUGUUACUGGAAUGAUGGGGACUCUCUGUGCUCCAGUUCGAGAUGAAGAAAUUAAGAAACUGAAAGAUAUACAUGAAAUAGUUCCUCUCUUCAGAGCAAUUUUCUCUGUGUUAGACCUAAUGAAAAUGGAUAUGGCAAACUUCACUAUCGCUAGUAUUAGGCCAGAAUUAAUGCAGCAGUCUGCUGAAUAUGAAAGAAAGAAGUUUCAGGAGUUUCUUGAGAAACAGCCAAAUUCUUUAGACCUUGUCACACACUGGUUGCAGGAAGCAGCAGAUGAUCUUGCAAAGCUGAGACAUAAAAAGUUCCCUCCCCCCAGCACUGCUGUUGGUGCUGCUGGUGGAGCUGCUGCGUUGUGCUCCACUGCCAUACAGAAUCAGGCAUAUCUGAAGCUGCUGAAGUGGGAUCACGCAAACAGGCCUUUCCCAGAAACAGUGCUCAUGGACCAGAGGCGCUUUCAGGAAAUACAGCUGGAACUGGAGCAGCUCCUCAAGGCUGGGACUGUCCUUCUGGUCACGUUCAAUGCAGCGGGCGCAGCUCUCAUCGAUGUGCCUGGAUUUGCUGAGAAAAUCAAAACCAUUGUCAGGGUGCUGCUGACAGGAAUGCAUCUCCCCUCCUUUAACCUGAAGGAGUCUUUGGCCACCAUUGGUGAGAAGGUGUGUGCUGAAGUCAACAGCCGCCUUUCCCAGCAUGGCUUUGCACCGUUCACAGCUGAGAAAGAGACUGUGCUGAAAGGACAGAUCCAAGCAGUGGCCAACCCUGAUAACGCCAUCUGUAAACUAAUAGAUUCUCGAAUUCAGAAGUUUCUGGAGCAUUGUCUUGCAUCUAGUCACCAGAAAGCGGUGCCGACUGUUCCUGGAGGAUUAGGCCCUAUUCAGAGAGAGCUGGAAGAGAUUGUUGUCAAGUAUGUUCGUCUUGUCAACUACAACAAGAUGGUCUUCAGUCCUUACUACGAUGCUGUUCUUGGCAAAAUACUGACUAAGGAAGAACCCCAGCUUGUAGGGAUGCCGGAGGAAUCGUGAACACAGUUUGUGUACCAAUGCAGUAUUAAUUUUAUCAGCUAUUUUGAAAAAUUGCACCAGUGUUUUUCUAGGAAAACAGCUCUCCAUGUGAAUAC